AUGAAAGUAAAGAUCUCAUUUCUCUUGCUCAAUAUUUUAUUCCUUCUCUUCCUGUCAAUAUUUCUUGACACUUCAUUGAGUGCUGACACCUUAACUUUUGUUUCGAAAGGAAAUGCGCCUCAAACAGGUUCUUCUUUAUAUUUCCAUAAAGCUAGUAACAAGUUGUAUGCGUUUGGAGGUACCACUGAUAGUAACAAUGUUGUAAAUACUAUUAAAUCUGUCAGUGUCACGUCAACUGUGUUACAGAGCUUGUCAAAUCUUAAUUCUAACUUCUCAACGACUAGUUUGUCCAUUAGUACUUCUUUAUCAUCUGUAGGAUCAGUAUCAACAGCGUUUUCUUAUGGAGCUUUUCAUAUUUUGACAAUUGACAAUCAAGAAUAUGCAUAUAUAUUUGGAGGAUCAAAUAAUCGUAUUCAAAGAGCAAAUACUUCCUCAUUAACAUCAUUUACAACACUUUAUAGUACAUUACCUGAAGCCUAUUUUGGAGGAGCUACCUUUAGAACAGAAAGUUUCGUCUAUUUGAUUAGUGGAAGUGGAACGAAGGCAAUGUAUAGAGCUAGUGUCAGUAAUCCAACAAAUUGGACAAAUAUUGGUAAUUUUCCAGUUACUAUUGUGAUGCCAGGAGUUUUUACUUACAAAAGAAAAGUUUAUUUGGUUGGAGGUUCUUCUUCCUAUUUAGGAGGAACUAAUUAUAAUACUAUUUACUUUGCAACUUUUGAUGCUCUUGACAAGAUGACAAGCAGUUCGAGUGGAGUUUGGUCCCUAUCCACUUCCAAGUUACCAGUAGCAGCAGGUAGCUCAACAUUCUUCAUGACUGAUACAUAUGCUUACAUGACAUCUGGCACUCUUGGUACAAAACUUUACCGAGCUCCUCUUUCUUCAUUAACAACCUGGACAGAUAGUACACUGACCACCCCUUACUCAGCCUCUCUCGUCACUUCCUUCACAAGUGGUAAUACUCUUCUCUACUAUGCUGGUUUGAAAUAUUCGACAAUUUUAUUUUGGACUUCAAUUUCAUCACUUGAUAAUUUUUACACUUCACAAGUUGAAGAGUUUAAGGGAUGUUUUAGUGUGCCAGUUUCGGAUUUGACUGUUUGUAAUGGAAGAGGAGGCUGCGUUGCAAGGGAUGUAUGUCAAUGUAGUGAUGGGUUUUAUGGAGAUGCUUGUCAGUUUGAAAGAGUUUGUUAUGGAGUGACAGCUGGCAGUUCGAAUGUUUGUUCUGGAAAUGGAGUUUGUAUGGCUGAUAAUACGUGUGUUUGCAAUAGUGAAAGUACUGGUUCUACAUGCUCUGAUUUUACUUGUUUUGGUAUUUCUCCAACUGAUUCGAAUAUUUGCUCUGGAAAUGGAAAUUGUCUUUCACAUGACAAGUGCCAAUGUAAAACUGGAUAUUCUGGACAAAAUUGUGAUUCUUUCACUUGUUAUGGACUCCCACCAAGUGAUCCAAAGGUUUGCUCUUCCUUAGGUCCAUGCAUUGGUUACAACAAUUGUUCAUGUCCAAAUUCUCUGGCCGAAGAUUGUUCUGCAUUUGGAUGUAAUGGAAUAAGCGCCAAUAAUCCGAGUGUUUGCUCUGGAAAUGGGAUUUGCACUUCUUUGGAUGUUUGUGUUUGUAAUGAGACAGUUAGUGGUCAAUUUUGUAAUGUGUUUUCAUGUUUUAAUGUUUCGAAUGAUGAUUCGAAUGUUUGUUCGGGAAAGGGAAGUUGUUUGAAAUCAGAUAUGUGCUCUUGUCAGAAUGGAUACAGUGGUAGCCAGUGUGAAUUAUUUUCAUGUGGUGGAAUUAGUCGUUUGGACAGUUUAGUUUGUUCUGGAAAUGGAAGUUGCAUUUCUCCUGAUUUGUGUAAAUGUAAUGAGGGAUGGAGUGGUGAUAAUUGUGAAUUUCCAUCAUGUUUUGGAUAUUUAUCAACUGAUGGAUUAGCUUGUAGUGGUUAUGGAACUUGUGUUUCGAAUAAUAGCUGUCUCUGUGCGCAAGGAUUUCGUGGUCAAUCAUGUGAAAUUUACACUUGUAAUGGCAAAUCAAAUCAAGAAAUUCAAUGCUCUGGAAAUGGUCAAUGUUCUCCUCAAACUCUCACUUGUAAUUGUAGAGAGAAUUACUUUGGACAAGAUUGCGAAUAUUUCACUUGUUUUGGUGUGCUAAAUAAUCAAACAAAUGUUUGCUCUGGACAUGGCAUUUGUUUGGGUAUUAAUAAUUGCUCUUGUGAGAGUGGUUAUUUUGGAUUUUCAUGUGAAUUGCAUUCAUGUGAUGGUAUUCCACAAUUGUCUGACAUUUACAAGAAUAUGACAAAUAGUCCUUUCUCAAAUUGGGAAAACCAAAUUCCUUGUAAUGGUAGAGGAGCAUGUACUGCACUCGAUACUUGCCAAUGUGAUUCUGGUUAUUUGGGAAAAUAUUGUUCAGAUUUCAAAUGUUUUGACAAGCUCGUUAAUGACACAAAUGUUUGUUCAGGGAAUGGAACAUGUACAUCUCCAAAUAAGUGUCAAUGCAAAGAAGGAUUCUAUGGAAAUGAAUGUGAAAGUUUUGAUUGUUUUGGAAUUGAAAAAUCAUUCAAAACUGUUUGUUCUUCAGCUGGCAUUUGUAUUUCUCCUGAAAAUUGUUUUUGUAAGGCAGGAUUUUAUGGAGCUGAUUGUUCCAAGUAUGAAUGUUAUGGUCUAUUAUUUAAUAAUUCGAAUGUUUGUUCAGGAAAUGGCAAGUGUUUGGAGCCAGAAAGUUGUCAAUGCAAGGAAGGAUUCUUGGGUAAUAAUUGUGAACUUUAUUAUUGUUAUGGAAAGGUCAAUAACGAAACGAGUGUUUGUGGAGGAAAUGGAAAAUGUUCUUCAUUGAAUACAUGUGAAUGUAGGGAUGGAUAUAUUGGGGAUGAGUGCUCUGUUUACAAGUGUUUCGAAACAUUUAGUAACGAUUCCACAGUAUGCUCCUCUUUUGGUAAAUGUUCUGGAAUUGAUACAUGUAUUUGCAAUGCAGAACAUUUUGGAGAAAAGUGUGAAUUAACUUGGUGUCAUGGAAAGGCUUCAAAUGAUAGCUCAGUAUGUAACGGUAAAGGAAUUUGUAACAGCUUUGACACAUGCAUUUGUGAUCAAGAUUAUUUUGGUGAAACUUGUCAAGAUUUCAAAUGUGGAACCCUGUUAAAGAAUGAUUCUAUGGUUUGUUCUGGAAGUGGAUCAUGUUCAAGCCCAAAUAAUUGCACAUGUUUGGAUGGUUAUUUUGGAACUCAUUGUGAAUUAUUUGAAUGUCAAGGAAAGCUCCUCAAUGAUUCUAAUGUUUGCUCUGGAAAUGGAACAUGUCAAUCUCCAAAUAAGUGUCAAUGCAAAGAAGGAUUCCAUGGGAAUGAAUGUGAAAGUUUUGAUUGUUUUGGAAUUGAAAAAUCAUUCAAAACUGUUUGUUCUUCAGCUGGCUCGUGUAUUUCUCCUGAACAUUGCGUUUGUAGGGCAGGAUUUUAUGGAGCUGAUUGUUCCAAGUAUGAAUGUUAUGGUCUAUUAUUCAAUAAUUCGAAUGUUUGUUCAGGAAAUGGCAAGUGCUUGGAGCCAGAAAGUUGUCAAUGCAAAGAAGGAUACUACGGAAAUGUAUGUGACAGUUUUGAUUGUUUUGGAAUUGAAAAAUCAUCAGAAACUGUUUGCAACUCAGUUGGAUCUUGCAUUUCUCCUAACUUGUGCAAAUGCAAGGAUGAUUUCUAUGGAGCUACCUGUGAAAAGUUUAAAUGCUUUGGUGUUAAUAUGACCGAUGAAAAAGCAUGUAAUCAGAAAGGUACAUGUAUUGGAAAAGACUUGUGCACUUGUGAGAAUGGAUAUUUCGGUAGUAACUGUUCCCAAUUUGGUUGUUUUGGAAUUGUUAGUAGCAAUGCUAGUGUUUGUUCGAAUGGAAAUGGCAAAUGCAUUGGUAGAGAUGAGUGUGAAUGUUUAACAACCAAAAAUGGUUAUUACACUGGAAAUGAAUGUCAAUACUUUGUGUCUAACAUUACACAAGUUGCAUUUGUAAUAGAUAUUGAUGAAAAUAGAAAGGAAAUAUUAUCAGAACCUGGUGAAGAUAGAUUUGUGAACUUAAAAGUAACAAUGAGCUCGUUGUCAAAUGUUACCUUCUUGGUAUGGUGUAAUAAUUGUACAAAUUUUACAAAUACUGGAAUGGAUAAUGCUCUUGUUUUUUAUACACCCCAAAUGGUUAUUGAUGUUUCUAAUUUAGCUGUAGGAGGUACAUUUGAAUUUUCAGUCAUUAGUCAGAACAUGGCAGAGAAAACCGAAUUCUCCAAUAUUAGAAAGUUUAUCUUGGCAAUAGUGGUUCGCCCUAUUGAACCUUAUAAACCUACUGACGUACGAAUUGAAAGUUUAGAGGUAUCCAACUUUCCAAAGGCAAUUAUCUACUCAUCCUCUCUCAAGUUUGAUUUCAUUCUUUCCAAAUUGACUUUGAACAAUUUAGAAGGCAGCAAAUUGUUAAUGAGUGAUUGUAUUUCACUCACUGACGAAUCUUGUCAAUUAAGAUAUAAUUAUAAUGUAUCUGUUUUUGAUACAUUUAAAAAAGAAGAAAUUAUCUAUGGUUUGAAGGUUAAAGGACAUGUAUUCUGCCCCGUAGCCAAUUAUACUAAUACUCUAAAGCUUUCACCUGCUAUUAAUGUUCAGUUCGCUCUUCCAACAAGUAACUUUUCCGCUUCUUCCCUCAAAAUAGUUUUUAGUUUUGAAAUUGGAAGUGAAAAUUAUUCAAUCCAAACAUAUUCCCAAUCAGAAUUAGUUUCUGUGAGUGCUGAAGGUAUAAAACCUCCAAAUAAUUAUCAAGUACAAGUUUCUCCUCAAACAUCAGUAGCCAUAGUAGAGAAUGUCACAAUAGCUUCACCUGUUUGGAAUUGUGACAAUGAAAAUUUCAAUCCUAUUCGCUACGCAUUUGGUUUUUACAAUCCUACUGUCGAUAGUAAGAAAGCAUGGAUAAAGUUGACAGAAUAUUCCACAAAUCCAACAGCUAGUUUCCCACUUCCUUAUCUAUCCAAGCAAUUAAGCACUUCCAUGCAAGUAGAAGUUGUAAUAUUUGUGAUGGACUCUCAAGGGAAUAGUCAAUAUCUGAAAAUAGGGCAAGCAAAAGUUUCUCCAUUUCAAGGAAUUUUGCCUUCCUCCAUGAGUGAUCUAGAGAGAAGUGUUCUAGCCUACGAUCAAUUUACUCUAUCCCAUAUGGCUGACAGUUCUGUGGUUGUGGAUAUCGUUAAGAGUAUUUCUGUAAAUCCUGCAGAUCCUGGAUCUUCAUUGAAAGUUCUGGACUCGCUGACUUCUGACAGUAGCUUGUUGAGUAAUCCAGAUAUUGCAAGUCAAGUGGCUGAUACAGUUACCUCCUUCUUGUCAAGUGCCCUUGAACUUUAUCAAAACGAGCUUAAAACAAAUGGUUUUGUCUCGUCUAAAAUGUCAGAAGAAGCCAAAUCAUCAGCUGUUUCAGUAAUUUCCAAUUUGUUUACAUCUGUUGACACAAAUUCAACAACAUCUGCAAGUAAUGAUAUUGCCAAAAAGACAGAACAAAUGAUUCUCUCCUUCUCCAAGUUAGUUCUAGCCUCAGAAGUUCCAAAAGUGUUAGAAACAAGUGACUCUGGAUCUCUCGCAUUACCAGUGUUACAGUACAAUACUCCAUCCAUGAAUGUUACAUUCUCCUCAUUCAUGCUUAGUGGUGGUGCUUCAAAGAGGUCUUCUAACAAUCAAGGUACUUAUCAAUUAACAAGUGGAGAAUCAAAUAUUCAAAUAGACUUGAAUGAAAUAGUUGGAAAAUACGGAGGCUAUUCGAAACCACUUGGAUUGUCCCUUGUCACUUUUGAAAAGAAUACCAAGGUUGAUAACUUUUCCCUUUCCAAUCCAAUGUCCUCUAUAAUCAACGAGUUGAAAUAUUACCAAAACUCUGAAAUUGUGAAGUUGAAUGAUUUAGAUAGUCCAAUAUCUUUGCAAUUUGGAAUUAACUCUGCUUCUCUUUUACUCCUUUCUAAAGGGGCAAGCAUUACCUCUCAGGAAAGUUUCAAUCAAACUCAAAAUGUAACAAUAAUACAGGAACCCUAUGUUAGUUGCAUGUAUUGGGAUGAAAUUGAGAAUGGAUGGAGAGAUUACGGGUGUACACUUCUUUCCUUUGAUAAUGUAACUGGAAAGGCAGAAUGUGCCUGUACUCACACCACUAAAUUCUCAACCUUUGUGCAAUACAAGAAGAGAAAUGUUACCUCCACUUUAACACCUGCUCAAGUUGUUGCUGCUCUCAGUGAAACAACAUUUGAAAUUAUCCUGAAUAGCUUUGAAAUAGUUGCAGGAGUAGUCUUUGGUUUUUUCUCAUUCAUUUUGUUGGUGCUCUUGAUAGUGUACAGAAAGCGCCAGCCAAUUCAGAGCAGAAUGUUGACACCGUAUAUUGGUAUGGUAGCAUUACUUGUUGAGAAUGUUUUAAUUUCCAUACUACAGAAAGGUCUCCUUCUCCAAGAUACGAGUAAUCCAUCGAAUAGCAGUGAUAGUUUAAUCUUGGGAGCCAAUUUGACAGGAAAUAUUUGCAUGAUUAUUGUAAAUACCUUGAAUAUUACUGCCAUCUUUGCCUAUUUAGUUCAAGUUAUUCGAUUCCAAUUCAUGAAGUCACUCUAUGAAAAGAUUAAGAGAACAAGAACAGAACCAUCAAGGAAAAUAAUCCAAUUUUUGAAAUUCAUUACUUCCAAACUUGUAUUCUCAGUUUCGGUGUUCAUUUGUGCGUGUGUCAACUUGUUGUUAUGGACAGUGUGGGUAGCUAUAUUGAGAUCUAACACUAUUGAUUCAUCCACUUAUACUAAAGGAAGUGCAAUUUGUUAUGCCAUACUAUUAAUUGGAUGUAGCAUCUUGAUUUCCAUUACAAUUAUUGUUGAUAUUUUCACAACUGUUACACGAGAUGACGAUCAACAAAUUACUGAAAGAGCCAGAUCCAAAAUCUUCUCACCAGAGGAAAUGAAAAACAUCAAAGAAGGCAUUGAAGAAGUGCAAAGUACCUCAGCAGCCUCUCCAAUAAGUAUUACUGAUACACCAUCCUAUUCAUCCUUUGAAUUGAGAAAAUUAUUUAGAAAAUUCCUCCACCGAGAUGAACCACUGUACUUUAGAAUGGAAAUGCUCUUCUUCUUGACAUGCUUUGUUUUCUGUAUCAUUCAAUUAGUAACUGGCUUGAUUAUUGAUCAAAUCAAAUCAUCUGAAUCAACAGUAACUCCAACAAUACGUGCCCUCUCAGUCAUUCAAUUCAUAUUUGAAGUACUCUACUCUGCAACCUACUUGCUUGUAUUUGGUGGUUUCUCUCUACUUGUUCUCAUUAAACAAAAGAAGGCAACAAAAAAGCCAAUCAAUGAAGCUGAUUCACUAUUUGACGAUUCAGAAGUGAUGGAAUUAUUCCAAGAUGUACAAGGAUUUGAAAUCUUUGAAGAGUUUGCUCAAAAGGAAUUCUCUGUUGAAAACCUCUAUCUCUAUGCUGAAUUGUUAUCCAACAAACAAGUGAUUGCUGGUAAUGCUCUCCGAAAACUACCAAACUUUUUGGAAGUACUCUCUGAUAAGUUUAUCCAAAAUGGAUCCACCUAUGAAGUGAAUAUUCCCUCCUCUACAAAGACUGAAUUCAACCAAUUGAGAAAAUCCCUAAAGGAGGUGUUAAUCAUGAUGAAUACUCAAAGUGGAGGGCAACAACAAGCCCAUGUUGUGGAUAUUAUUCUUGAGGAUGGAGAUGAGCAAGAUGACAAUAAUCGUGUUGAAGAUAAUGUAAUUGGCAAGAAUCUAGAUGAGGAAAAUUCUCUGAAGGCAAAAGUGUUAAGCUUCUUUGAUGCUCUCUCACGACAAGUUGCCAUUAAUUUGAGCGAUACAUUCAGUCGUUUUGCCAAUACCAAGAGUUACAAAUCCUACAGGAAGAACCGAGAUUUCAUUCAAAAUAUGGUCAAAAAGGCCAAUGUUGAAGCCUUCCAUACAAGUCCCAAUGUUGUCUAG